AUGAUAUCAGAUGACAUAUAUUGGGUACCUCAAGGAGUUAAGGUUGAUUGCACAAUAGAUGAUUUAAUCUAACCCAAUGUAACAAAUUUUGCUACCUUCUAAUUUAAUUUUGAUCAAAUAAAAUAGCCAAUUGAAGAAAAGAAGUAGAAAAAUAUAGAAGAUGAAAUAUUGGAAUUAUUGGGGAUCACUGAAGAAGAUCUGUUAUUAGAAUCAGCACUUUAAACUUAUGAUCAUAAAUUAUAUAUUGAAGAAUUGAUUUAAGAAGCCUUAUAAGAUAAAUAAUAAUAAAUACAAUUUACACCAUAACAAAAAUAAAAUCCAUUUAAUAGUUCAUUUAAAACAUUAUAUGAACGAUAAUAUUUGUCAUAUUCAGAUAGCACCUUUAAUUUUGAAGAGGAAAUCAAUUUUAAGACACCAGAUUUGGCUACUUUAAAGAUGUUAUUAGAAUAAUAUUGUAAUGAUAAGGAAGACUUAGAGGAUUUGGAAUAAUAUUUAACAAAUAAUCAAUAAAGUAAAAUAAUUCAUAAAUUUACAUAAUUAAGAGGAUAAGCAAGGCAAUUGGUUUUCAAUUAUAUAGAUUUACAAUAAAAAGAUAAUUAAUUUAUUGAUAUACUUUCGUAAAAAUUAAAAGAGCUAUCUCUAAUUAAUCCAGUUAAGACAGAGUAUUUACUUGAUUAUUUUAAUCAAGAAUAAUUAAGGAAUAUUUUAGAUAAGCAAAUACCAAUAGUGAGAUUUAAAAUAUUAUAAAGUUUACAAAAAGAUGAUAAGUUAAUGAUUGAAUAUUUUGAAUUAAUAUGUUAAUUGCAUCCUGAUCAAGUUAUAACAGAACUUUAGAAAGGAGGUUAUCCUUAAGAUGAAUGUCUAAAAUUAUGUAGAUUCUAUGGUAAUUUGAAAGGUCUAGCAUAUUUAUUAGAGAGAAGUGGAUCAGUAUUAGAAGCAAUUAAUUUAUAAUUUGAUGUAAUUUUUAAUUUUUAAUAAUUUAGUUAUUUAUUUAAGGAUUAAAGUAAUAAUUAUAAAAGAAUCCAUAAUUAUUAGAAGGAUAGAAAGAUAUGUAUGCUUAUAUUUAAGAGAGUUUAGAGCCUACAUUGAAUAUUUGCAGAGCAAAUACUAAAAGAAAUGAUGAUGAAAGUGAUGUAGAUUAAUUAAUAAUAUAAAAUAGAAUAAUUGGUUUUAGGUUUUAAUUAGAUUGACAAAAUUAAGAUAAGAAUUUUAUAAGAUAAGAUUCUUUCCUGCUUUAAGAUGUUUUAACUUACAUUUUACAAGAUUAUUAGAAGAAGUAUUAGAAAAAACAAAAAUAAAAAGUUUGCUUGAAGUAAUGUGUAAUAAAUUUAUUUAUUAUAGAAUUUAAAUGAGACUAUGAAAUAUUUUGAGUUUUAAGAACUUAAGUCCACAUUUUCUUAACUUUUAUCAGGUUAACUAUAUGAAUUAGCUAUUUAUGGUUAAUCUACAAUGCUUAUAAAGCAAACAUGUAAUAAAUACUUAAGUUCUUUAUUUAAAUAAUCAUAAUAAGGUAUAUCAGUUGAUAUAUAUUGCACCUAUUGUUAAAAGCUUAUAGAAAUGACAUCUAAAGUUUAUAUAGAUUGCAAACACACAUUUCAUAUUGAAUGUUCAUCAGAAUAACUUUGUAAGGCAUGUAUGAAUAAUUUUGGAAUUUUAAUUAAUAAAUUAUUGACUUUAUAUACAAAUAGAAAGAGUUCUAGAUUUUAAGUACCUAUUCAAACAGUAGAAUCUAAUCAAUAAAAAAUAGAGGACACAAAUUAAAGAUAGAAUAAAAUAAAUAAAUUAAAAGAAUUUGAUUAUUUAAGAUAAAAUAAUAAAGGGUAUUGA